GGAUUGGCCUCUGAGAGGUCCUUGGGAUGAUGAUUGAGGUAUAAAUGGUCUGGCGCCAUGCCAGUCUGGAUCGAGAAUCUGGGGAAAGCAAACAGUUAGCCAUCAUCUAUCAACACCUCGACUACUUCCUUCACCUUUUUCACCAUGCUGGCCAAAACACUAUUCGGGCUCGCCCUCACCGCGGCCACAGGCCUCUGUGCCUCGUUGCAGCAGGUGACGAACUGGGGCAGCAACCCCACCAAAAUCAAGAUGUACACCUACGUCCCUGACAAGCUGGCCACAAAGCCCGCCAUCAUCGUAGCUCUCCACGGCUGUGGCGGCACUGCCCCUGACUGGUACUCCAGGACACGCCUCCCCUCCUACGCCGACCAACUCGGCUUCAUCCUCAUCUACCCCGGCACACCCAACAUGUCCAAUUGCUGGGGGGUUAACGACCCUGCCUCUCUCACGCACGGAGCCGGUGGCGACUCGGUCGGCAUCAUUGCCAUGGUGAACUACACCCUGGCCAAAUACAAGGGCGACGCUUCGCGCGUCUAUGUCAUGGGCAGCUCCUCCGGUGCCAUGAUGACCAACGUCCUCGCUGGCACUUACCCGGAGGUCUUCGAGGCCGGAGCUGCGUACUCGGGCGUUGCCCACGCUUGUUUCGCCGGCGCUGCGUCGGCUACUCCUGCCUCAGCCAACCAGACCUGCGCCAGGGGACUGCAGCACACUCCGCAGGAAUGGGGCAACUUUGUGAGGAAUUCUUACCCAGGGUAUACGGGACGCAGACCAAGGAUGCAAAUUAUCCAUGGUGCUGCCGAUACGCUGGUGUAUCCGAGGUGUGCGAUGGAGGCCCUGAAGCAGUGGUCGAAUGUGCUGGGGAUCGAGUUUUCGAGGAAUGUCAGCGGAGUGCCGAGCCAGGCGUAUACGCAGAUGGUGUAUGGGGAUGGCAGCAAAUUGGUUGGGUAUAUGGGCGCAGGCGUGGGGCAUACGGCUCCGGUGAAUGAGCCGGUGAUGUUGAAGUUCUUUGGGUUGAUGAACUAGUUUGGUAAAGGAAGGCGGAGGGGAGAGAGUGGUUACGCACCCGAGUUGGACUGGAAUCUGGAGAUGAUGAUGACGUUGGGGAGGGAGUCGGAUAAUUUUUGCGAUUAGUUAUGGCCUGCGGCUCUGG